AUGGCGGCACGCGUCUGUCGAGCUUUGUUCUCUUUAUAAAAUUUUCUGGUUUUUUAUUGUUGUUUUGAGGAAUUAGUUGUUUUAUAAUGUCGAAGGCCAAAGUUCCGGCGGAGUGGAAGAAGCGGGUCAAGUUGGAAUAUGUCAAGUUGAGGGAGAAGAAGAGGGAUAAAAGAGCGGAUGAGGUGAAAAUCGCGUGGAACCAGAAUCGAAAAGUUAUGACGGUAGAUCUCCUGGUUGCUGAGCAGAAACGUUGGGCUGAUGGCAAAGCAAUGUGGCUGGCGAUGCAGGAUGUUCCAGCUCAUGUCUCCUGCAUGAAAAAGGGUGAAGUCACGAGCUCCGAUGGAGAUGUCCAGAGUUUUCCCGUAAAAAUCAUCAACGCCGUCACUCCAAUUCCGACAAUGUACACCUGGGCUCCCAUACAGCAGAAUUUCAUGGUUGAGGACGAAACCGUUCUCCAUAAUAUACCGUACAUGGGGGAUGAGAUUCUAGAUCAGGACGGAACGUUCAUUGAGGAACUCAUAAAAAAUUACGAUGGAAAGGUUCAUGGAGACAGAGAAUCUGGAUUUAUGGAUGACCAACUGUUCGUCGAUCUGGUAAACGAGCUCGUGAAAUACGAGAAGGAUGAUAAAGAGAAGGAAGCACCAAGGAGAACUAGAGACGACAAGGAGAAGAAAGAGGUCGAUGUGAAGCAUGAGAAGUCAGAGGAGGGAAAAGAAGAUAAGGAUAUCUCCCGUUUUCCCUCGAUGCAGGUCUUCAACGCGAUCUCGAGUCAAUUCUCUGAUAAAGGGAGACCAGAAGAGCUCCGGGAGAAGUACAUCGAGCUGACAGAGAGGUCUGAUCCUAAUGUACUGCCUCCAGAAUGCACUCCAAACAUCGACGGAGUAAAUGCAAAGAAUGUACCUAGGGAGCAAACGAUGCACUCUUUCCACACGCUCUUCUGUCGGAGAUGUUUCAAAUACGACUGUUUUCUCCAUCCAGCCAGAGGGACCUCACCGCAAGGGCUUCAAGUGUGUCACCCUGGGCCCAAUUUGCAAAAGAGGAAAGGCCCUGAUCUCAAACCAUUUUCGGAUCCCUGUGGUACUGAGUGUUACAUGCAUUUGGAAGGAAUGAAGGAGAAAUUGGCAGCUCAGGCAGCUGACAUCAAGGACGAGGAGGGGGAUGACAAGCGUCCUCGUAAAGUUCGUAAACAAGCGAGUGUUGAUUCUGGUAAUGAGGCAAGUAGUGAGGACAGUAAUGAUAGUAAUAAGUACAGCCAGGGUGGCAGUUGUCAAGACUUCAAGCAAAAUGUGAAUCAAGACUCAAAACCUGAGGAGAUGGAGGAGGAACAGGCGCAGCCAGAUCACCAGAGUCCCUUCACCCUGUUGGGUCUAAACAAACGAGUAAAAACCGAAAGUGAAUACUCAUGGACAGGCUCAGAGCAGAGUCUCUUCCGAAUUCUCCACAAGGCAUUUCCAGGUAAUCCCUGUGCUCUAGCCCAGAUAAUGCUCACUAAAACCUGCCAGGAGGUGUACGAAUUCGCCCAGAAGGAGGAGCACGACAUUCCAGCUAUCGAGAGCAUGAAGGACUUCACACCACCCAGGAAAAAGAAGAAGAAGCAUCGCCUCUGGUCCAUGCACUGCAGAAAAAUUCAACUGAAGAAGGACUCGGGUGCCAAUCACGUGCACAACUUUGCCCCCUGCGAUCAUCCUGGGAGGGCCUGCGACAACUCCUGUCCCUGCAUUCAGGCCCAAAAUUUCUGUGAGAAAUUCUGCCAGUGCAGCACCGAAUGCCAGAAUAGAUUUCCUGGCUGCAGGUGCAAAGCACAGUGCAAUACAAAACAGUGUCCUUGUUACUUGGCUGUCAGAGAGUGCGAUCCUGAUUUGUGUCAGACAUGUGGUGCUGAUCAGUUUCACAUCACCAAGAUAUCGUGCAAAAAUGUCAGUGUCCAGAGGGGACUCCACAAACACCUGCUUAUGGCACCAUCUGAUGUCGCUGGGUGGGGAAUUUUUCUCAAGGAAUCAGCUGCCAAAAAUGAAUUCAUAUCUGAGUACUGCGGGGAGAUCAUCAGCCAGGACGAGGCUGAUAGGAGGGGCAAGGUUUACGAUAAAUACAUGUGCAGCUUUCUGUUCAAUCUUAAUAAUGAUUUUGUCGUUGAUGCCACGAGAAAGGGAAACAAAAUACGAUUUGCCAAUCACUCUAUCAAUCCCAAUUGCUAUGCCAAGGUCAUGAUGGUUAAUGGCGAUCACAGGAUUGGAAUUUUUGCUAAACGAGCUAUUCAGCCCGGGGAGGAACUGUUUUUCGAUUACAGAUAUGGACCGACCGAGCAGCUAAAGUUUGUUGGAAUCGAGCGUGAGAUGGAGUUCCUCUGAAUCAUCGAGGAGAAAUAUCUUCACCAGAUGUUGUAAAUACCUAUGAUUCACGUGAUCUAUUUACCCCAUAAACCCUGAGAAACCGAACCCUAUAUAUUUUAUCUUUUACUCCUUUUCAUAUGAAAUAAAAAAAAAUUGAUUACAGA